AUGGCCGGGUGUUCAGAGAAAGAGUCCAUCGCCUUAGCGAGAUCCGAUGACCUGCAACAGUUUAUGCCACCGGCAUACACUGCUGUGGCCGUUAAACCGGCUGCCUCCAGCCGCCUGCUGAAGACCGGGAUUGUGGUUCUUAUCGCCGGGGCAAUUCUGCUGCUGUUCGGGGCUAUCGGAGCGUUUUACUUCUGGAUCAACAACGACAACCAUGUCUACAACGUCCACUACAGCAUGAGUAUUAACGGUAAGGUGGAGGAGGGCUCUAUGGAGAUUGAUGGUACCAACAACAUAGAGAGAUUCCGCACCGGCAGCGGAAAUGGUGAGGCAGUGGAGGUCCACGACUUCCAGGUUGGUAUAACUGGUGUCCGUUUCGCUGGAGGAGAGAAGUGUUACAUUAAGACCCAGGUCAAAGCUCACCUGCCUGAUGUGAAAACUCUCAACAAAGACUCACUUCUGUUCGACCUGGAGGAUGAGGUGAUGCCUGCUAAAUUUGAGGAACAGUCACGGAUCUGGGUGGCAGCUGACGUGCCCCUCUCUGACCCCGCCUUCCUCAGCUCCAAGAUCCGUGAUUUGUGUGGAGACCUGCCAAUCUUCUGGCUCCGCCCCACCUACACCAACAGUGGGCAGAGGAAGAGGAGGGCGGCCCCUCAUCAGCGUCGCCAGGCACCCGGGGCAGAGGAGGAAGUGAACCCGGAAGCAGAAUUUAACCCCGAGAACCCCUAUCACCGUGGCCUGGAUGGCGAAGAGGGCACCAUGACCUUUGACCCCAUGCUGGACCACCAGGGCGUGUGCUGUACGGAGUGCCGGAGGAGCCACACCCAGUGCCAGAGGAUCUGUGAGCCCCUGGGCGGGUUCCAACCCUGGCCCUUCCACUACCGCGGGUGCAGGGUAGCCUGCAGAGUCAUCAUGCCCUGCCGCUGGUGGGUGGGACGCAUCCUGGGCAUCCUCUAAACACCCCUCAACCAGCCCUGGACUGGUAGAGUCCAGAGAGAAGGAGAGGCGGGUAGAGAGAGAAGAGGGUAGGUGGAUUUGGGCGAGGGAAAAAACGAAUCAUUCAAGGAUAUUCAGUUUUCCAUCAUAAGAUACACACAGCCAAUACCAUAUGACAUACAGUACAUGUAUGCUCAUACAAUACUCUUUAGAAAAGAGUACUCUUUCAUACCACAUACCCGUGAUAACAAAAUCAUCCUGUCUGAUCUUGUCACCUUAAACGAAACAUAUCAAAGUAACAUCAGUACAGAUUUUAUAUCAAUUAUAUAUAAUAUGAUCUGUGAUAGUUAUGAUUUGUGGAAACGUGUAUGUAAAGAGCUAACACCUUUCCUUUUAGCUUUCUGGUGUAAAUAAAUGUAAGAAGUAUUCUAUGAAAUAUGAGUUGGAGGACUAGACUGUAUGUCAGCUGUGCAUGCCUUUAGGUAUUCAUCAUGCUAGUGAGAAAUGUUGCUGUCCUAACCGUUUCUCCAGAAGUAGGGCCCACUAACAA